AUGGUCACCAUAAAUCAUUUCAAUAAAAAUGUGUCGGCUCACAAGCAGAGCAUAUACAAGAAUCUAUGCACAAAUUUAAUACGUCACGAAUACAUUAUGACUACACAAGCAAAAGCAAGACAAGCACAACCUCACAUAGAAAAAUUUAUAAGUAAGGCUUUACUAGAAACCAAAGAAUUAAAAGAUCUAAAAAUAGGUGAACAAUUGAAUAAAAUCAAAUCAUUAGAAUAUUUACAACCAUCUGAUAAACAAGAAAUAGGAUUAAAAUUGAUAAAAGAAUUAAAAUCAAGAUACACAAAUAGAAAUCAUGGUUUUACAAGAAUUAUUAAAUUAGAACCAAGAUUAGGAGAAGAUAAAGCUCCAAUGAGUAUUAUAGAGUUAGUGGAUUCCAAAUACCAAUUUAAAUUAUGGUACACAGCCAAAACCGUUGCAAAAUUACAAUUACAGAACAUACCAUUGGACGAUAUAACUAAGUUAAAUAUUAACAAAUUGAUACAAGGUCAAGAAAAUGGAAAAGAGGAAUUUGACAAAGUUGUUGAGAUAUGUAAAAAAGAAUUUUUUAAAGAUGGCGUAACUGAUAUACUAGAUUCUGAUGUUGAAAGACUGUUGAAAAGUAGACCUAAUAUGGAAAGACAUACAGGAUAUUUGAAAAACAAAUUAUUGAUAUCGAAAAAAUUUAAAACAAAACCUAGACCUAAUGAAAAUGCAUCUGUCAUACCUGAAUCACCAUUCCUUAAGUCAGCAUCAGCUUAA